UGAGCAGGCCAUGGCCAGACCCCUGCGUGCCCCACUGCUCCUGCUGGCUAUCCUGGCCCUGACCUGGGCCAUGCCCCUGGCCAAGAACUCCAAACGGGUGGGCGGCAUCAAGGAAGCAGAUGUUAAUAAUGAAGGGGUGCAGCAGAGGCUGGACUUUGCCACCAGCAAACACAACAAGGAGAAUGAUGAGGACGAGGACAAACACUGGCAGGGGUGGCAGGUCCUGUUUAGGUUGGCGUACUCCUUGUACAUGGAGAUCAGCCAGACCAUAUGUAACAAGUCCCAGGCCAACUUGGACAACUGUCCCUUCCAGGAGCAGCCGCAUCUGAAGAGGGAAUAGUCUGCUCUUUUGAAAUCUACAAUGUUCCCUGGGAGGAUUAAAUGACCUUAGUAAAAUAUUUCUGUCGGAAGGGCUAGGGGUCUGUGCCAGGCUGGCCUGCACCCACUCCCUCCUCCCCACACCUCUCACCUCCCUGUAGUGUUCCCUGCCUGGGAUGGAGGCCUCAACCUGGUGCAGGUCUCCUCUCCGCACCAGCACCAGGAGGGAGGCAGGUAGACAAGGAUUCGGGAGGCCUUUGUAGAUCAGCCAAGUGGCUCUACUUGCUCCUUUCUCCCUACUGCUUCUCAACCUCGCUGGUACCCCACGCUCUGCUCCUGCCUCCUUUAAUA